AUGAUGGUCGGAUUGGGGGCUAGGGUAGUCCCGAUCUCUCCAACUGCCGACAAGAUGUGCUACGUGCUGCAAAUCAUGUAUGCAGACUCCAAUAAUGUUGCCGAGUACGAAGCCCUCCUACACGGUCUUCGCAUGGAUCGGCGCGCGUCCCGAGGUUCCCGUCGGCCAGGAUCUCAGGCUCGCCCGUCGCCUCGCUCAAGUGAGAAGAUGGGGUGCGAAAGGUGCGAGCGGAGGGAUGAACUCGAUUACUGCAAUUUGGAUGACCGGGAGAAACACUUCUUGAUGUUCAUUGUCGAUGACUGUGGUCAGGAGAUGAUCGUCCCAGAUGAAUUUCUGAGACGUUUCAGGGGUAAGAUCCCAAGGGAGAUCAGGCUACAAACACGAAAUGGUCACAGUUACACCAUUGGAGUUGCCAAGUAUCCAGAUAAACUAGUUCUUCAGGCGGGAUGGGAAACAUUCGUCAAAACCUAUGAUCUACAUAUGGACGACUGUGUGGUAUUCAGAUACAAAGGAAACUCUCAGUUUGAUGUCAUAGUUUUUGAUCGAUUUGGUCGCGAGAAAGCAUUCUCUGUUAUUAGAGACAGUGCUCCGCCUGUACAGGAAAGUCACAACAGCGGCACUGAAAAUUUGGACCGUUCUCAUGGUCAUUCUCAGCCCAUGGAAGUGCAAUCGCCUAUCGAAAAUGCCAACCAUCCUGAAGGGCGUCCUCAGCCCAUGCGAAUGCAACCACCUACUGAAAAUGCAAACCCUUCUCAUGCGCAUCCUCAGCCCAUGCGAAUGCAACCACCUACUGAAAAUUUGGAUGAUCCUGUUGGUUUUAGUCCACCUACUGAAAAUGUGAACAAUUUGUUUGGCCAUAGUCAGCCUACGCAAAUGCAACCAUCUACUGAGGCUGUGCAUCAUUUUGCGCAAAUGCAACCAUCUACCGAGGUCGUGGAUCAUUCUAAUGGUCAUGCUCAGACCAUGCAAAUGCAACUGUUUUGUAGACCUACCAAGCUGAGACAAACAAUGCUUCAAUGGGAUUACUUGAGUAUGGGCAACGAGACAGCGCCGAGUCCUUCAGAUACUCCCAGAGAUUCUUUGUCCUCAGAACAUGAUAUUGAAGGUUGUGCUUCACCUAGAUACACGCUCAUAUAUAACACCAGUCUAAAUACAGUGCAGAAGGAGGAAGUUGAUGAGCAGACUUUCUCCAAGAAAUAUGUUCAGACACAUGUGGGUGAUAAGGAGCGAAGGAUAUGUCUUCAGCGAUGUGGCAAGAGGUGGGAUGUGCAAUUUAGCAGUAGCGUUGAAGUCAAAAGGAUUGUUAGUGGCUGGCGGAAGUUUGUGAAAGACAAUGAUGUAGAGACUGGUGAUAUCUGCAUCUUUGAAUUGUUGAAGAUUGAUGAGAUGUGCACAAUGGAAGUCCAUAUCAUCCAUGCAAAAGAUUUUGAUAGACCCUCCCAAAUUGGUGGGAGGAGUGUCGAUGGAUGGUGUAAAGAAGCUACUACUAAAACUGUGGAACCUUCUCAUUCUCGUCCUCAGCUCGUGAAAAUGCAAUUACGUAAUGCAAGUGUAGAGGAUUCUUAUUCUCGUCCUCAGCCCAUGGAAAUGCAAUCACCCUCAAAGGAAAGAAAGAUACGAGUUGAAACGGUUAACUCGAGUCUGGGCAACGAGGGAGAUUCUUCGAUGUCAGAGGAUAGUGUCACUUUGACUGGUUGCAUCGGUGUGCAUUUGAGGCGCAUACCUUUAAUUCAGAAGAAGGUGGUGAAGCAGAAGGUCGACCUUAUUGGUUCUGAAAUUCCCAUCUGUGUGCUCGUGAUGCAGAAGACCAAUGUUACAGGAAGAUUCGCUCUAAGCAUCUCCAAGAAAUAUGUCCGCAGACACCUGGGGGACGAGGUGCGAAGCAUCUGGCUGGAGCGAGACGGGGAGAGGUGCCAAGUGACGCUGGGACGCGGGCCUCAGAACAACAGGGUUGUGGGUGGAUGGGUAAAGUUCGCCAAGGAGAACGGGCUGCGGACGGGCGAUGUCUGCCUUCUCGAGCGGCUGAGGCACUGCAAGGAGUGCACAAUGAAGGUCCACAUCGUCCGCCGCGUAAAGCGUGCCGGUUGA